AUGGAUCUCCAUGCUCAUGCAGGUAAAAGAGGUUGUUUUAUAUACGGUAAUCAUUUUGAGGAAUUCGAUUAUCAAGUAAAGUCAAUGAUGUUCCCAAAACUUAUUUCCAUGAAUACUAUGAACUUUGAUUUUGAGGAAUCAAAUUUUACUGAGAAACUAAUGACAAAGAAGGACAAAAAUUAAUAAUAAACUAAAGAUCUGAAAACAAGAGAGGGAGCUGGAAGAGUUGCAAUCCAUAAGGAUUGUGGAAAUCUUAUUUACUCAUACACAAUGGAAUGCAAUUAUGCUUGUGGAAUUAAAUUAAACAAGCUUAAUAAGAGACUAGAUACGACAACUAAUAAAUUUAUCAAUGAAGCAGAUCCAAUACUUGACUAAAAUUCUAAAAUAUACAAGCAAUAUUUUGAAGAUUUAUCCAAGUAUACUGGGAACAAUGAUCAACAAAUACCAUCUGUCAAGUUCAAUGCUAGUAUAAUGGGUGACAUUGGUCAAGCAAGUAUGAUAGCUGUGCUAGAUUUAGUUGAUAAAAAUCCUUUAACAAGGAUAUAUGGGACCUAUUCGUAACAAGUAAUUGAUGAUGUGAUGUAUAGAGCAAGCUUAUUGAUACCAGAAGAGGAAAAAUUAAAGAUAACUAAAAUGAGGAAAACAGUAAAAAAAUCUAAAAAAAAGAAAAUUCAAUCCAAAAGUGUGAAAAGGCCUACUGAAGAAAACGCUUAGAAAACUUUAAACAUAGAUGAAAUUGAACUGGCUGAAAAACUUAAAACUAAAAAGACUACCAAAAAGGCAAAAAUAUGA